CCAAUGGAGAUGAUUGUCAUUGAUUUACUUCCGGCGGUUCCAUAUUAGGCGGCACGGAAAAUCGGACAGUUGCCGAAAAGGAACGACUAUAAAACUGCCGGUUGAUUUGCGUUCGUUUACUCCACCACCCUUUCCACCUACAGCCACCAUGGCCACCGUUUCCCUCCCCAGUAUUCAUGAAAUGUUUCCAGAGCACCUGCUGCGCGUUGCGCCCGAGGCGCGCGUCAAAGGCUCCGCGCCACCUAGCCUUAUCCCUCAUCGCCCUGAACGUCAAGGUCAACCGCAGGGCUAUUCUUUCGGUGUCCUGCGCUCAGACCCGGCUUCUUCUUCCCUCACACAUAUUGCAUCUUCUGCUACGUUGCCUUACCAGCCUGCUGCUACCGAGGCCGCAAGCCGCGCCACUGCCAGCAUGAUAAGCGACGGUGAAGACGACGGUAUUGGCCUUGGGAAGAAACACGUCUGCAAGACUUGCAACAAGCGCUUCAACCGACCAAGUAGCCUGAGGAUACACAUCAACACCCAUACUGGGGCUACUCCAUUCACAUGUCCAUUCCCCGGCUGUGGGCGCGAAUUCAAUGUAAAUUCUAACAUGCGCCGACAUUACCGAAAUCACACCAAUCCGGGCGCUGCUUCCCUAUUUCCAGGCAGCUCAGGUUCGAGUUCUGGUACCACGUCGAGAUCUUCCCGUCCUCCACAACCUUCAGACGAGGAAGAUGAUGAGGAUGAUGAUGUUGAGGAGGUCCCGAGUUUCAGGCUGCAGGCAGCUGUAUUUCCGCGAUAUGAAGGCGAGAGAGUACGGAGGAGGAUGUAUGAUUAUGACUUCAACGACGAGGAUGUUGGGAUGGCUAGGAGGGAGAGGAUGAGUGUCAGCAACGUCCGAGAGGAGAGGGACUACACUCGGGUCAGUUACCGUUGACGGUGAAUUGCAUUCUACAUUCCCACCCUUACGA